GAUAUUAAAUAUGCCCAAAAAUGUUUUAAAAAAAGGAGAAAGGUUAAAAAAAAGAAGAAAGAAAGAUAAGCUUUUUACCUACAAGUUGGCAAAAUAGCAAAGCUUUUUUACUUUUCUUUUCUCUUUUUUUAGUCUGAUUUUAAAUGUUCACAUAUAUAUAUGUAUAAGAGAUAAGAUAUGUUUCCUAAUGAAUUGGAACAUAAAAAGGGAUAAAAUAAAAUGAGAUAUAUAUUACGUAACAUUCUGAAAUAGGUGAGAGCAAAUUGAGUCAUGCAGAAGGGGAUGUCGUGGCUUUGGAGCUUUCCGCGCUGGCAUUGCCACUUUCUGAUGCCUUUAUUUCUUUAGUUACAUGCUACGAUUAGAAACAUCGGUUAUAAUUUAUUCAUUUAGCAUAUUAAAAGUAAUAAAGAAGCAUGAACAUAGUUAAUAAAAUCACAAAAAAAGAUCCAUUUGAAUUGGAUCCCACCAUAUACAAUAAAUGUUGUUUCAUCAAAUCGUCACCCAUGUGAAUUCACAUGGAGUAUGUACCAUACUGAAUAUAUAUGUAUGAUACAAUUUAGCGGACAUUGUAUUUAGCUAUAGAUGAUUAUAAAUAGGUACAUGUAUUUCGAAAAGUAUAGGUAAAUGAUUAGUUAGUUGUUAAGAUACGAAUGAUUUGGUAGUUGAUGUUUUUUUGGUGAAAGAAAGAAUAUAUGUCACACGACAUCUAAGAUUCAUACAUAUAUUUUAGAAUUUUGAAGUAGGUAAUGUCGAUUAUACAAAGCCUGAAUAGUAUUCGGUGUCUUCUGCUAAACUUUAGUACCUUUAAACUAUAAUCCAUCAUAGUAUUUCUACCGUCACAACCAAUUAGUAUUCAUCAUUUUCGGGGUCCAUGACCUUAGUCGGAUAAGAUAUUUCGACUAUAAUAUACGAGCAGACAAAUACGUAUGUCGACACGUAAUUAUGAGUAAGAAUAUACAUGGUGGGGAUUGGGGAAAUGGUUGAUUGGUCAAAGAAAAGAUUACAAAUAAAGAGAGCAGAAGAUCCAUCAAGAGUUCAAGACACAUGACAGGUCACAUUCAAAUAUGUAAUUAAAUAGUUUCAUGUAAUUGUAACUUUUCUGACGUGUUGUAAUGGAAUUUGACAUUAACAAAAGUAUAUACAUUAGGAAAUAUAAAGGUGAGAGAUACAAUUUGCCUUAGCUUACAAGAAAUAUUUGGUCACUGGAGGAUACCAGGCUUUUCCGGCAUGUAAAUGAGUUGGCCUUGCUAUGCACUCUUGAUUAUGCUUUGUCAGUUCCACGUAGGUUUUCUUAACUACAAGAAAAUACGUUGAUAUUAAAUCAAAAAAUAAUUAUAUAGUUAACUAUACACUAUGAAAAAAUAUGUUGACAAAAAGAACUAUACACUAUGAAAGAAAGAAAAAAACACUAUACACUAUGUUGACUUUGUCGUAAUCAUAAUAUCGCAUGUAUCUUAGACUUAGAGGGAGGGAAGGAGAAAAAAAAAAGAUGUACAUAUAUAAUUCUUUUUUUUUUUUGAACGAAUACAUAUAUAAUUCUUAAAAAGAGAAAAUACAGUGUAUAUUCAAGAUGGCUUUAUUCUAAUAGAUUGUUCUUUGUUCUUUGUUCUUACUUCUUACUCUAUUUGAUCAUUGUUGGACAAUUAAGAAUUGAUAGUUCCAGGCUUCUAGUUCUUUCCAGAUCAGAUUAUUUCAUAAUAAUUUGUAAAUUGUAUAUGAAUAAAUUAACACACUUCCUUUAAACACAUGUUUACACUCCUAAAAUACCUCUAGUCACACCAAAACCUUCCUAUAACACUUAGAUCCUCACACAUCCUAAGCUUUUUUCUGGAAAGUGACUAAUACGGCAAAACUUUAGAGCAUCCCGAACGUGUAGUAUCUUCCCUAAGAGUACCUAAUAGUUUUAAUAUUAAUUGUUGUAAUAUAAUUUAAUUAAUAAUUAAACUGUAAACCAGUUACAAAAAAAUAAUAAUAAUUAAACUGUAAAUCACAAAAAUACAGGAAGCCAAUCACAAAGUUACACAUGUGACUAGAGUAUCUAACUUUUUUUUGAGGUUCUCAAAUAAUUUUUUUUGAAAAAUGUUCUCAACUAAGUUUAAACAUAAAAUCACGUAAAAACAAAAGUCAACAUUUAGUAUAAAUAAAAUCCAGCACAUACUAUGUCAUCACAUACCAUGUAACGUAAGAGUCCACACUAAAAAUUAAAACCACGCAUGUUAUUCAAUAUGUUCUUUCCUAUAUCUUACAAAUUAGUAUCAUUUUUUUUUCUUUUCUUUUGAACUGAAGUAUCAUUUUCUUCAUUAUGAUCUUUUGAAAUUAUAUUCCAUUUCGUAAAAUAUAUAAAACCAUAUAUAACCCGUAAAUAUUUUGAAUUUUGAUGAAGUUAUACAUAGUCAAUUAUUCUGUUUUUAUAUUUAAAUAAUAAAUAGAAAAGGAAAAAUCUAAACAAGUAAGGAAGAAAAAAAUAAGGUCCACUGAUAAUAAAUGGUAAUAAAACUAAAUACAGAGGUCAAUAUUAAGAAUUAUAUGGAAAAAUAAUAAUCUUUAAAACUAAUUUUGUUUUUUUCCCUUGAAUUUAUUUGUUACCUUCUUUCACAGUUUCAUAUUUAUUCAGAGGUUUCAUUUUAUCUCCUACUCCAUUUUUCAUCUAUCUCUGUAAAAAUCAGAAAUCAUUUCUUAAAAGUUUUUUUUGUUCACUAAUAUUUACUUCUCUGGUGAGAAGAAAAUGUCCUCAAGAGUUAAUUCUAAUUACCAGAGCUUUCUCGCACAUACUUCACCUCUUGUCCCUGUUCAUUAUCAUUCGCAGCCAAGUGGAGCGUCAUCUUCUUCAACGGUAGCUUCAGGAGCUGAAGCAAAAGAAGUGAGAAGGCCUCACAUCGUCCUCGGAGAUAUCUGGUCUGCUUAUGAAGAGUUUAGCUGUUAUGGUAAUGAAGUUCCUCUUUCUCUGGAAGGCAUCGACGAAGAUGUUACCUCGUACUAUGCUCCUACACUCUCAGCCAUGCAGAUCUUCACCAUCAAACCCUUCGCUGAUGACGGUGGUUCUUCUUCAAGGAGUUCGUCGAUAGGAGCAAAUGAUAGCUCAAGCUACCUUUAUUUUCAAUACAACGAGCUAGAAUUGCCGCACGAGAGGCACCCACUGACUGCAAAGAUUGAGCUACUGGCUGAGCAGCACAGUGGGUUGCGUAGUCUGACAAGUUCAGAUCUUUCUCCAGAUAGCUGGUUGUCCAUAGCAUGGUACCCCAUCUAUCAAAUUCCAUCAGUGAAAAGCCUGAAGAAGGAGUUAUCUGCUGCGUUUCUAACGUACCAUAAAUUGAAACCAGACUUUCCAGAAACAUUUGUUGAGGAUGAUAAGAAGGUGAAAGAGAAAGGAAAGUCAAGUAGUGAAGAAGAAGUUGUGUUUCCUCCAUUUGGAGCAAUGACUUACAAGGCCGUUGGUAAGGUGUGGAACAUGCCUUGGACAUCAGAUCAUGAUGAUAGAGAUAGGCAUGAAAAGGCUGCUUCCUCGUGGGUGGAAAAACUCGGCUUCACUCACAGUGAUUACAUGUUCUUUUUCAAAUGGAAGUUCUAUGGCAACCUCCGUCGGUGAUGCGGCGCUGCUGGGAUUUAUAUCUCUCUAUCUCUCUCUGAUCUUGAAGAUGGACCUUAUCUAUAUCUUUCUCUCAGACAAAACUGCAUGUUUUAUACUCUUGAGUUCGAGGUUUUUAUUUGUUUCUUUACAUUUUCAAGAGGAAGCUAUUGGUUAACAUUUUGGCUAAGCAAAACUCUAUCCGGAUUUAAAUAGAUUCAUCCCAAAACCAUUUCUAAAAUGCUCUAAGGAUGAAUGUGUUCUCUAGUCUUUGAUAGUUAAAUUCUUAACAUGAAAAAAAAAAACAGAAAUGAUAAUGAAUCAUCAAUCAAGAUUUUUAAAAUCCAAAAUCUGUUACCAUUUUCGACCUAUAGCCCAGUAAUAUUUGUGGUAAUUCUUUUUUUUUUUUUUUGUGGUAAUUCUACAAACUAACGGAGUGAACUAAUCGUGUGCUUAGCUUUCAUCUAAUAUAGUUUCUGUUGUACCAUACUACCAUAUUAUACAUAACAUGGCCAUACUACAACUCUAAUAUAUUGAAGAUACCAGUUUAUAUAUCCGAGAAAACCUGAAUAAUUGCUUCAAAAGAAAGCUAGCUGAAUAGUAUAAUCAAAAGCAUGUCUUGAAACAGACACAAUGUGCGAGAGUGAGAGAAGUCUCAUUUCUUAUCCUUGCUGUCAUCGACCCUAAUGAGCUGAACCGGAGCUGCUGGUUAAAUAUCUUACAUUGUUUUCAACAAUGUAAUUCAACAGUGACAAAUUAAUAAAUAUUUUUUUGAACAUCAAUUAUAAAGUCUCAAUAAGAACUGGUUAAAAUUGGUCAUAUAUCAAUUUGAAUGUCCCUAUACUUGUUAAGAAAAACUAAUUUAUUUAGUGCAUAAGAUUAAAAAGAAAAAUCUGUAACCAGUGUGGAAUUCAGUUUGACAUACAUAUAUAUAUAUAUAUAUACAGGGGGAUGUAAGGAGAGAGUAGUGGGGUCACCUGACCCCACCUCAUUUUGAAAAAUAUAUGUAUUCUUUUAGAUAAAUAAUGUGUUGACUCCAUGGAAAUAUUAUUUUUCACCCCACAAAAAUUUAAAUACACUAAAAAAUAAAUGAUAAAAUUUAAUUAUCUAAUUUUAACCACGGUAAGAAAAAUUUCUGGAUCCGCCACUAUAUAUAUAUAUAAAAUAUCUUACAACUUAGAAUCUAAAACCAUAUCUGAGAACUUCCAAAUUUGAAGCUAUAUAAUCACGUACGGAAAAAAAUUAUUCUUUAAGAUGUUUUAAUUACUGCAAUCAUUAUUUAAGAAUAUGGUUGAUGAAACAAAAUUUAAUAUUAAUGUAGACACCCUAAUAGAGUAUGCAUUCAUUCAAAUGUCGCAACUAAAUUGUUUUACAGUGAAAAGUAUAUAUGAAUAAAUUGAUUUAACUAAUUUUAUCGUCACAAAAUAGUUAUGUUUAUGUAUUUUAAGUUAAUUAUGUUUCACCAAAAUGAAGGUCACUUGAGCAUGAGUAAUAAAAAUUAUAAUCUUAUUUAUAAGGAUAAAAUACAAAAAUUUUGAAAUAAUACAUCUGGAUUAAAUCUUCAUCAAUAUAAUCAUUGCAUAUGUUAUAGAUUAGUUAUUUAAAUCAUACAGGUCUGAUGCUGUUUCGAAUCUUCAGAAUCUCUGUCCUCACAGAUGGUGGAAAUGCGUUACAAGUUUUGUGACAGACAGAACAUCUUUCUGCUGGUGCUGAAGGUUUGCUGCAGUGAGUACUGCAAAUGACAUUGCAAUCUGCCUCACCUCCAAUAACAAACACCGGUAUGAUCAUCAUCUGAUCAUCAUUAUGCAUACCACGUUCAAAAUUUUACCCAUUUUUCUAUAUGUUUUGUUUUCUUUUUUUCUUCUGUAUAUAUGAAACUAAGAAUGAAUCUAUAUAUAUAGAAAAAGAAUGAAUCUAUACCAAUAAAGUUGCUUUUUUUUUCUCUUUUGGGAAAAAAAAGACACUUGGUAUCUUCUGAUUUGUUCUAUUUUCGGAGUGGGCUCUUCUUUAGAUGGGCUUCGAAUUGAUGAUAUCAAAUCUGCAUUUUAUUAUUUCGGCCCACUCAUCCUUAAGGCCCGGUCAGACUCAGAGUUGCGCGGCCAGAGAAGAGAUGUUGAAGCAGAAAGCGUAGAACGGUUCCUCUUUCUCCUUCUUUAUUUUCUGUUAAUUAAUGCGUUUUCCCCCACUACUAUGCAUUCAGUCCGACUUCUUCACUUCCCCAAGUAACUCGCCAUAAGUUCCUGUAUAAAUGCGUUCUUCAUCUCGACAAAGAUCAGUCUUAUCGAUUUCCAGUUAUUACCAUGGCAAAUGCUCGUGUCCUUCUUGCUGGCCGGUGCUCCACCGUCAAUGGGACCUUAUUCUUUCAAAACCAAAGGCUUUGGUGAACCUUUUGACACAACAAUAUUUGACUUUGCUGAAAUGCCAUAAAGAGAUCACGAUGUUCAAGUAAGACUAUAAGGAACAAGAUGCCUCGGAAUAUGUAUCUCACACGGAUGUUUCUGCGACUGCGGGAAUGCAGCGUCCAAUGCUCCAUCCUUGGAGAGUGGUCAGGUCUAGACUAUGGAGUUGAGCUUCAGGUGGAUCUUUAUUUUGAUUAACAAAACAAUCAGAAUAUUGUUCUGAUCAAACGGAGUUUUUUUUUUGGCAGGAUACGUUGAUGUUAGGUACAGAUUAUUACCUAACUGAAUCUGGGAUUGCAUCUCUAUUAGCAGAAGGAAAGGUUCCAAUUGGUAUUGGUAGAGAGACAAAGAUCAGGUAAGUUUUGAAAAGAUAAAAAACUAGACACAUAGUCAUGUCCACAAUAUCAUCUGUUUGAAAGCCAUCUUUAAUACAUAGAAAUGUAUAUAUUUGAUAUGAUCUCCAUGAUGUUCAAACAUAUGUGAAGGUUUGUUUCCUUUGUCAAUGAUGUGUUUUUGUGUGUGUCAAAAUCCUUUGUCAAAUUCUAAUGUCUGGAACACAAAUAUCCAUUGUAUAUGCUAAAGACACCGGUUUUAACGAUGUGAUAUUAUGACCUUAUUUUGAUCAAGUUUUGCUAAUCUUUUUUUUUUAAUUACUACAUGAUCUAUAACUAUAAGAACAAAGUGAGGCCUGAGCCGUUCGGCCAAUCACUUUUUCUUUGUAUUAUGAACCUUUAGGUGAUCCUAUUUUUAUUAUUAAAAAUUAGCCUUUACUUUUCACAAAAAAAAUCAUGAAGUUUUAAUUCAAACAAGUUAGUUUCUAAUUUUGAAAUACAGCCACAUCCACUCAAAUAUCAAAUACAACAGUUCAACCCAAAUUUAACUACAAUCAAAU